AUGAGGAAAAAACGUGAGGCUAAAGAUGAAAAGGAAGAAGAAGAGAAGAAGAAGAAGAGAUUAGAGUUGAUGAAAGCAGCCGCACAAGCUUGGCUCAGCCACUCCCAAACCUCAAAGAAUACUGUUUUGGAGUUCGAGGCGCGAAGAAAGCAUGCUUUUGUCAAAGGUAAACCUUCACGUUUCAAGAUGGAGGCCUUGUCCACUGCUUCCUCCAGAAAGCAUCAACAUCCGUCGUUUUUGGAUUGGGAAUACGGACAAUCAUUGUGGGAUCCGUACGAGAUUCUUUCGGUGUCCAAGAAAUUGGAACGCGCACUCACGUUAGAGGAACAUAGUUUCUCUGCGGAUAAGAGCCUCAAGAAGAAGAAUAGGGAUAGCAGAAAUAGCCUUAGGAGUUUGUUUAGUCGUUCGUCAUCAAGGAGAUUUUAA